AUAGAGUAAAAGUAAAGGAAAUCGAAAUUUCAAAACAACCAAUACAAUACGUGGCAUGUCACACAAAACAAGAAGAUAAAAGACAGAAGAGGAGAGCUCCAAAACACUGCAAUAGUAAUACUUAUUAGAGAAAGAUAUGAGGAGAGCUUAUCCUUCUUCUCCAUACAAUCAACAGCAAGGACAUUAUUCAACACCAGGUGUCAAUAGCAAUAUGUCAAUGUCUAAAGCUCAGGAGAUGCUGGAAGAAGAGAAUGACCAACUAGUUGAUUCACUAAAGCAUAAAGUAUCGGCACUGAAAUCACUCUCUAUUGAUAUUGGCGAUGAAGUUAGAGGUCAGAAUAGACUACUCAAUGACAUGGGUAAGGAUUUUGACACAACAGGUGGUCUCCUGUCAGGGACAAUGAAGAGGCUACACGGCCUGUCCCAAGGUGGACACAAUAGAUGGAUGUGUUAUAUGAUAGUCCUCAUAGUCUUUGUAUUCAUUGUAUUAUAUUUCAUUAUUAAGUGGAGACACUAGCUUUCACUGUCUGUCCAUUUUGAUAUUAAUUUUAUCUCCCACUUUGUGCCAAGCAAGCUAAA